UUAGAUAGAUGUGAAUCUAUAUUUGAUUGGCCCUAACACUUAAGCACAGCAGGAUAACAGUCAUUUUUGGCCAUAAUGUUUGGGAUAUCUGUCUGAAUUCACCUGAUAUGAACUGAGUUGGAGGUUUUCCAGCCCUGGUUUGGCUUUGAAUCUAGUUAUUGUAAUUUUUGUGCACAGAUGCAAAGGUUUCAAGUUUAGAGCUCACACUGACUGUCUAGUGAGGUCUCAAGUAUGAAGUAAAGUAACCUUGCCAAGCCUUACUGCAAGGCUAAUCAGCAUGAGGAUUAAAAGGCUGCAUUUCUUGCUGCUGUUUGGGAUUGUCUUUCUGCUAUGGAACUUUAUCACAUACUACACUAUUGUUACAAAACCAAAGGGUGCUGACAAAGAGAGAGAAUUGACAGAGAGGCUGAUGUCACUGGAAAGAGAAAUGGGUAAGCAGUUGGCCGAGAACAAAAAACUGCUGGAGAGUCUGAAGCUUCUGAAGGACAUAAAAGACAAAAAAGUGUACCGCUCUGGAGAGUAUCUUGGCACCAAAGACGGUGUUCUUCCCAUUCUGAUGAUUGCAUGUGACAGAGUAACAGUCAACAGAGCCUUGGAUCAACUGUUGAAAUAUCGCCCUUCUGCUGCAAAGUUCCCGAUAAUUGUAAGUCAAGACUGUGGCCAUGCUCCGACUGCUGAGGUGAUACAGAAAUACGUGGUGUCUCAUAAUAUAACACAUUUGAAGCAACCUGACUUGCGAGAAAUAGUCCUCGGAACUCCACAGAAGAAGUUUUUGGGUUACUACAAGAUUGCAAGGCAUUACAAGUGGGCACUUAACCAGAUAUUUGUUACUUUCAACUAUUCAGCAGUCAUCAUUGUGGAAGAUGACCUGGAUAUAUCCCCAGACUUUUUUGAAUACUUCUCUGCUACAUAUCCCAUCUUACAACAAGAUCCUCUGUUGUGGUGUGUGUCAGCUUGGAAUGACAAUGGCAAAGAUGGAAUGGUUUCUGAAGAAGCAGAUCUUUUAUAUCGAACAGACUUUUUCCCAGGUCUGGGUUGGAUGAUAGAAAAGAAAAUUUGGAUGGAGCUGAGUACCAAGUGGCCUGAAACAUUCUGGGAUGAUUGGAUGCGGCAUCCUGAACAAAGGAAAGGGAGAGAAUGUAUACGUCCAGAGAUAUGCCGAACUAGUACUUUUGGCAAGAAGGGUGUUAGCAAGGGACUGUACUUUGACAAACAUCUUAAGUUUAUAAAGCUCAACUCGGAGUUUGUUCCCUUUACCAAAAUGGAUCUUUCUUACCUUUCAAAAGCCAAAUAUGAUGAGAUGUUUAUUAAGAAAGUGUAUAGUUCUCCUCUCCUAACUGGCCAACAAGUCAAGAGCGGAGAGCAGCCUCAGGACAAAGUUGUCCGAGUGGAAUAUAACGGCAAAGAUAGUUUUAAAAAGUUGGCCAAAUUGUUGGGUAUCAUGGAUGACUUUAAGGCUGGUGUACCUCGGGCAGCCUACAGAGGUGUCGUCAGCUUCAUGCUAAAUGGGAGAAGAGUGUUUUUAGCACCUCCACCAGGUUGGACAGGCUAUGACACGACCUGGAGCUGACCCUAUUAACUGAGUUCAUUUUAUAGUAUCACUGUAUUUGUUUGUCAUUGGCUAAAGUGAUGUGUGUAUAGCGGGCCUCAAUGGUCUGGUUGUGACGGUAUGUAAGAAUACCAAUGCAUUUAUUGUAUUUUUUUUUUUUAAUGAUUUCUAUUGUAUCAGUUCUAUUUCUCUAAUUGUUCAAAGAUUUGCUAUAAUUAGGAAAAAUGAGAUUUGAAAACGGUUUGUCUAGAUUCUAUUUCUUGUCCAAUUUGUGUGUGUGCAUGAAGCUAAUUUAACCAAGUGUGAAAGACAAGUUGUUGUUUUUUCUUUUAAGAAUGUUAUUUUUUGUUCCAGACAUUUUUGUAUGUUUAUGUUUUCAUUAUGCUGUUUGAUUCUUGAAUAAUUUGUGAUACAAAAAAAUGCAUUGAUAAUGUAUAUGAUAACCUGUUGAGCUUUGUGUAUAAUUGAAAAGUCAUGGUGUUCGAAUGGUUAGUGUUUGGUUGCAGCUGUAUUUAAUUGAGUGACUGGUUUGUUUUUUUUCCCCAAAGAUCAUACGCAGUUCCUUGAUAUCACCAUUCACUGUAAGCUGGCAUUGUCGCUCACUGUAUGUUGAUAUCAUCUCUAACUAUUAACUUUGUAUGUUGAUUUCCUCGCUGUAUGUUGAUAUCUUCACUCGCUGUAUGUUGAUAUGGGCACUCAUUGAAUGUUGAUAUUGAUACCCAUCGAAUGCUGAUAUCAACACUCACUGCAUGUUAAUAUGACAAAUCUUUAAACAUGUACGUUGAUAUCACUUCUUUUACAUUAUUGUUCUCUACAAAUGUGUACCUGAUGGGUAAUGUUGUGCCGCUAUCGGCUGAGGCAAACCAAAUGUUGCACCCAGACUACAAAAACUGUUUGCCGAAGAUCUUCCAUAUUGGUGUUACAUAAUUUUGUUAUGCCGUUAGUCUUCUGUCUCCUGUUGGACAUUCAUAAAUAUAUAUAUAUAUAUGUGUAAAUAAAUCAAAUGCCAAAUUUUUACAUUGCUGACUGAAUGAAAUUGUUGACAUUGUCACGGAAAAAAUGCCAAGGUCACCGUAAAGAAAAUUUUUUUAAAAUCAUGAACAUUUCUUCUUUUCUUCUAAUGUUCAAAACUUAGUUUUUAAAGUAUGAAUUUUUAAAAAACUAUUUUUGGAAACUGAAAGUACAAAAUUUAUUUCUUUAAAAUUAUGUAAAAUCUAGUCGAAUGUUUUGAUUUCUGUGGAUAACCUUUUUUUUUUUGUUUUCUCCAUUAUAGUAUUGUAUUGACAAUAUAUAGAUAAAAUGAUAGAAUUGCCGCUAAAGAGUUCUUACUAGCGCAUGAAGUUUAAGCAGUAAUCCUUUUCUCCAUCAGGCACAUGUUGUUUUAGAGUUUUCUUUGUUUGUGUACAUUUGUCAUGCUCCCUUUGGCUUCCAAAAACAAAGGUGGACAUCAAUUUCAGAAAGAUUCUAUGAUAGGCAGCACUUUGCAUUACAGCGUCUGACGAGUCUUUUUGUCGAGGCUUAAGACUUUGGUCCGAGUGGUUCUUAAUUUGAGUCCUGCUUGUCCUUUUAUUUCUCCUAUCCUGCAGGUUUGGAAUAGGGUGUAAUAACCUUUUUUUCUAAUUUUUUUAAGGGAAUUAGAAAAAAAAAAAAAAAUAUAUAUAUAUAUAUAUAUAUAUAUAU